AUGGCAACAUUGUGGAAAGCCCUCCCGAUAUCUCCCCGAAUUCCCUCCAAAAACGACAACGUUUGGAAAACAUUUUCUACAAGGACCGACAAUAAUGAACACCCCCCAAGAAAUAAUAAUAAGCUACGAAAAUGCACGUCGUUGAGGGUUGCAACAUCUUUCACUCGUGUGUGCUUAUGCGCGCCAAUCUCUUCUUACACCGAGGUUUUUCAAGUCGAUCACGUCCCUCCAAGGAGGAGCUAUAGCUACCCGAGAUCAAAGGCUCCCCUUCACGGGUCUCAAGAAAUUAGAAGCACCUCGAGUGCAAGAAUGAGUGUGGAGGGGAGAAGGAUUUUUAGAGGGAAGUCGUUGACCGAUGAUGUAUUGAUGAGAAGGUUUGUGGUUGAGGAGGAAGCCAUGAUGCAAGUGAGGAGAAAGAAUGAGAUGGAGAUUAUUAGGAGAAGAAGUUCAAUGAGGAGGAAAAAGCUUGGACCAAGUCCAUUGUGUAGAAUGGUUUUGGUUGAGGAGGAAUAA